AUGGCAGAAACGUUUCUGUUAGAUAUUGCACAAAGGGUUGUGGAGAAAAUAGCCCAUCUCUUCAUGGAAGAAGUUGCCUUGGCCUUUAAUGUUGAAAGCGACUUGAGAAAGCUCAAGGAAACCAUGAGCAGCAUUAAAGCUGUGCUGCUGGAUGCUGAGCGGCAACAGCACCAGAAUGAGAAGUUGCGCCUCUGUAUGUGGAAGCUCAGAGACAUCUUUUACGAUGCUGAAGAUGUUGAUGAUUUCAAGUGUGAAGCUCUCCGCAAACAGGCAAUCAUCCCAACAUCAGCUUCAAGAGAAACUCACUCUUGUGUGAAUUAUUCUGAUUUCAUUGGUAGAGAUGUAGAUAAAGAGAAUAUUAUUGAUCUCUUGAUGAAACCAAGUGAGGAUCCAAACAUCCCUGUCAUUCCCAUUGUUGGAAUUGGGGGUUUAGGAAAAACCACUCUCACUCAAUUGGUAUACAAUGAUGAUCGGGUUACCAGAUGUUUCCCAUUAAAGAUAUGGAUCUGUGUCUCAGAUGAAUUUGAUCUUUCUAGAUUGCUCAAGCUCAUUAUUCACUCCAUAAAUAAGGGAGAGAAAUGUGAUAAUUUAACGGUUGAAGCCUUGCAAAUUUGUUUGAGAAGUCUUUUGAAUGAUAAGAAGUUUUUGCUGGUUCUCGAUGAUGUGUGGAAUGAAAACCGUGCAAGAUGGAUUGAGUUAAGAGAUAUAUUAGGAUCAAUGGAUUAUUUGUGUGGGAGCAAAAUUAUUGUGACCAUUCGAAGUUUGAAGGUUGCCUUUAUAAUGAGUUCAAUUCACCCUUAUGAAUUGAAAGGUCUCUCUUUAUGA